AUGAAUCCCGACGACAUAGACUACGACGCAUUAGACGACUACUACGGGUCCGACUCCGACCAAUCCAACGAGAUCCGCCUCAUAGCCUCACAGCCCCCUCCCAACCUCUCCAACGCAGAACUAGGCCUCCUCGACUGCGACUGCAUCCUCCAUCCCGAAUAUGCGUGUGAGAGCAACUGUGGCUUCACAUACCAGCACAACUGUACCAUUUUGAAGCACUUCUAUGGCAGCAAGAUCGAUACGAAGGCACGAUCGAUCAGGCAGACGGAGGAUCAUAUGUAUCAGUGGAUGACGAGCACGGAGUUCUACAAGGAGAGGCAGCAGAUGCAGAUUAAGACGCUCGUGGAGCAGCAUAAGCAGUUGAAGAAGGAUUGGGGGGAGUCGAAGAGGAUUCUGUAUAGGAAUUCCAUUUUCCGAGGGGGCAUUGGGAGUUUUGGGGAUAGUACUGGGGAUAGAGAUGGGUUGGUUGAGGAGCUGAAAUUGUUCUUCCUUUGGGAAGAAAACUUGAAUUCAGGGAAUGCGAUUUGUAUUGAAGGUGUGGUGAGGGUUAAGGACCAGAUGGGUAAGAUAACAAACUUGUAA